AUGUCUAAGAUCUCCAAGGCGGCAAAGGCCGUCAAGAAGUUGGACACCAGCGGCGUGAUUCGCGCUACCAUAAGGUCAGGACAAGCGGCCCCCGGGCCUCCGCUUGGCCCCGUCCUGGGACAGAGAGGAAUCCCCAUCGGGCAGUUCUGCAAGGACUUUAACGAAAAAACCAAGGAGAUGAAGGAAGGCAUCCCUCUCCCCAUCAAGAUCAACGUGAAGCCCGACCGGACGUACGACCUUCACAUCGGUCGACCCACCGUCUCGUACUUCCUCAAACAGGCGGCGGGCAUCGCCAAAGGAGCCGGAAAGACAGGGCACGAGACGGCCGGUUUGGUGUCGGUGAGGGCCGUGUACGAGAUCGCCCGCGUGAAAGCGGAGGACGAGUGCUUCAAGAUCAGGAACGUGUCGAUGGAGAACGUGGUCAAAAGCAUCGUGGGCUCGGCGCGCUCCCUCGGCAUCAAGGUGGUCAACGACCUGUCGGCUGACGAGUACAAAUUAUUCAUGGAGCAGCGAGAAGAGAAAUUGAAGGCGGACGCCGCCGCUGCAGAAGCAGCUGGGACUGACUCGCAGAGCAGGAAGCGAUAA